GGAGGCGCUGCUCGUGCGCGCGUUGUCACAGGCUUCUUGCGCGCUUCAACUCAAAGAAAAUCUAUAUGUGAAAGAAGAAACGUUUCAUUUUGCUGUGACGGGACUGCUCGGCCGAAAACGGACAGAUAACGAAACCAAUGCAAGCAUGGGUCCAUUCAACAUAACACCUUCAAUGGAUAAUGAUUCCCAAGUAUGCCCCUCAAUAGAUGACUUCCGCAACCAAGUCUAUUCAACAGUAUAUUCUAUCAUUACUGUUUUAGGGCUGAUGGGCAAUGGCUUUGCAUUGUACGUGCUUCUUCGCACCUACCGUCAGAAAUCAGCCUUCCACAUCUACAUGCUGAACUUAGCCGUAUCAGACCUGCUGUGUGUCAGCACUCUGCCACUACGGGUGCUUUACUACGUCAACAAGGGUCAUUGGAACCUAGGGGACUUUCUCUGCCGCUUAAGCUCCUACGCACUGUACGUCAAUCUCUACUGCAGUGUCUUCUUCAUGAUGGCCAUGAGUUUUACUCGCUUUCUAGCUAUUGUGUUCCCUGUACAGAACCUGAGGUUAGCCACUGAGAAGAAGGCAUGGAUAGUUUGUAUGGGCAUUUGGAUCUUCAUCUGCACCACCAGUUCACCUUUCCUCCUCUCUGGUCAGCAUACUGAUGAAAAGUCUAACAAAACCAAGUGUUUUGAACCACCAGAAACGACCAAGAGCCUGGAUAAGCUGAUUAUGCUGAAUUACUUUUCCCUGGUAGUGGGUUUUAUUAUUCCUUUCCUGGUCAUCUUGCUGUGCUACGCUGGCAUCUUGCGCACUCUACUUAAAAACACAAACGGUGCGAACAAACAGCGUUACACACGUAACAAGGCCAUUCGGAUGAUUGUUGUGGUCAUGCUGGCUUUCUUGGUUAGUUUUAUGCCCUAUCAUAUACAACGCACAAUGCAUCUCCAUUUUAAAAACCGCAAAACCACUAACUGUAAGGACAUUAUUUAUAUGCAAAAAUCUGUGGUCAUCACCCUCUGCCUAGCUGCUGCUAACUCAUGCUUUGACCCAAUGCUCUACUUCUUCUCUGGAGAGAAUUUUCGACACCGACUAUCCACCUUUCGAAGGGCUUCUGGAAACGUCAUUGGAACUCACAAAGGUCGUCAUGCUGUCCAAAGCUCCCCGCCUGUGGAGGAAAGUGAACUGCAAAGUUGUAACGGUUCAAACAAACUUGGGUAGAUCCAAUUUAAUUGCUGAUUUUCUGUAAAUGCAGAAGCAGAUUUCUUGAGGCUAAAAAAAGGUCAUAGAUUAGAAGAUUAUUAAGUAGCUUUAAGAAGAAAGAGAAGAAGAGGUUAUUAUGUACUACAUUUAAGUAUUAAGACUGUAAAAUGGCACUAUAGAUCUUAUGCAUUAUUACACUCUCAGAAAUAAAGGUACAAAAGCUGUGACUGGGGCGGUACCUUUUCAAAAUGUACACUUUCGUACCUAUUAGGUUCAAAUAUCUACAGUUAUUACAAUAAGGAAUUUCUAAAUACAAAACUGUAAUAACCCUUACAUGAGCGUCUUUUAUAGGAUCUGCCAAAUUAGGCUUGUACACUUAAUUUGCAUUUGCAGUUGUACUAUUAGUUAUUUAUUUUAUUUGUCUUCACAUGCAUCUUAAAAAUCAUAUUUAAUUCUGAGAGAGAAGUGGGGGCUAUAUAUUAGUAUUUGUACACUUUAUGUACUGAUAUGUACCUUUAAGGUACCAAAAAGGACCCUUUAGGUACAAACAUGUCCCUUUUUGAAAAGGUACCGCCCCAGUAACAGCUUUCAUACAAACAAAAAAAUAUAUAUUUCAAAUAUAUAUUUACAUGCACACAUUAAAAAAAAUUAAACUUUCCAUUAAAAACGUACACUUGGAAAAUAAAUUUUUCAAAACACAUUUUUUAUUACUGAUAACCAAACUCCUCACUAGUUAACGUUUUUGCAAGUAUUUAUUUUCUUCUUCUUCUUUUUUUUUUUUUUUUUUAAAUAUAUGAGGACACACACACAAACAAAUAAAAAAACAUCAUAGAAACAGACUGCAUUGUGCAUACUUUUUUGUAUUUAUUGUGACAUAUAUUCUUAUAGCAGCAUUUUGGGAAAUAUCAAUGUAAAUGCAUAAUGUAACUUAUUGUAAAUACUGUAUCUUGAAAACCUCUUCCUUGUACACAGGACUGAAAUCCUCUUCAAAUCACUCUGUAAAUUGCACAGUGAGUGCCUUUACAUGCUUUAUGCCUCUAUGCAUUGGACAAAACAAUGUUGAGAGGGGUUAUAAUCAAAUACAGUUUUAUUGCAUAAUUCUGUAUGUGCAACUUCACUUACUGUUCAUUCUAUUGUUGUGAGUAAUUACUAAAAAGUAUAUAAUAAAGCUCUUCAAACCUGCCCUCUCUUGCAAAGGUUAUAACAACUGCUUUUUAGGAACUUGAUUAACUGGCAGGUGUGGUUAAUUAGUUUUGGAGCUAAACUCUACCCAUGGCAUUUUAGACUUAAGUCUAGUCCUAGGCUGCGCAAGAAACCACAUGCUCAAUGAGUAGGUACUUAAUUUCAGUAAGUACUUACUUAACAAGCGCUAAAAGAGUAUGUACUCUUCAGCCAAAUCUUGUUGAAUAUGAAUGCGAUCUGCCGUGUUUACAUUAUCAUCUGAUCUAUGUUGCAAAAAACUAACUUUAAAACAUAUACAGGCUUAAGUAAUCUACCUUUAUAGUUUUAAUGAAAUUUGCUAAUUUUUGGUCUUUUUAAAGAAACAUCUGCCCUUUCUUAAUUAAUUGGAACUGUAGUAUACAGUAUAGUAUAAAACCAAAAUCAUUAUCUCUUUAAUGUUAUCAAUUUAUUACUUUUAUGUGCAAAAUUCUUCCUCCACACGCAAAACUAGCUCUGUUGUUGUCUUCUUUCGUUUCAUAACAUGGCUUAUAACAAAAAACAACUGCAAGUUUAAUGCAUUAUGAUUAUGGGAAUUGAUUAUUCAAAGAUAUUAUUUUUUCCUGGUGUAUAUAAUAUCAUUUUAUGAUGUACACAAACCCAUAGUUUUAUUACGUUUUUUUAUUGUUAAAGAUACUACCAUGUUUAUCUAAGCUUGUAUGUAAUUAAAAUUCUGCAGUAAUAAUAAUAAAAAGAAAAUAAUAAUGACAGUUGAAGAAACACAGCAUCAA